UUGCUUGUCAAAUUGGAUUACUGGAAAACUGGUAUCCAGCUAGUGAACUUAAACCUUUAGGCACACCCGAUUAUCUUUAUCUUAAUACUGUUCAAUUGGAUAAAACACCUUCACUAAGGCAAGAAGGUUUCGAAUCAUAA